CUUAGGAGCAACUUCCUAAAAGCACAUUCCCCUGCUCUCUGCUCUGCUUGUUGUGCUCUCUAAAACUAUGUAACUUUGAAUUGUCCCUGACUGAACGGACAGGCUAAACUCACUUCACUCUCAUUUUACUCCGUCUUCUGUCAGUUACUUUCACUUUCACAGCGGAGGAGCGGCCACAGAAGAACUGGUAGAUUUCCUGGAUGGAAACAGACGGUUUGCUGACCACUGGGAGUGUGAACGACGACUAUGGUUCCUCGUCGGGCUCAGGACACGCUGGGGCCCCGGGCGGCAGGCCGAUGUCCUACAGUGUCGCUAGGGAGUCGUGCAGUGUCGAGGCGAGAUCAGGUGAUGAGGACCUCUAUAUCCAACAAGCUGUUGUAUUCAUCGAGGACGCCAUACAGUACCGGUCCAUCAACCACCGUGUGGAUGCCCGCUCACUCCGCCUGUAUCGAUGGUACUACUCCAGGAUAUGGCAAUGGGGCUUUGGCCUAACCAUUGCAGUGGUGUUGUUGCUGGCAUUUGUGGAGCGCCCCUCCUCCCUGUCACUCUCCUCUGACCCCCGGUAUCGAUCUAAACCCUGGGAGCCUCCCUGCGGCUUCACCGAAAGCAUCGAGAUCGUCUGCCUCCUCAUCUUCACUCUCGAUCUUGCUGUUAAGAGCUACUUGAUUGGCUGGGAGGAAUUCAGAAAGAACAAAUGGCUAAUUGGCUACACAGUAGUCUUGUCAGUCUCCGUCAUCGACUGGGUGUUGUCUGUCAGCAUGUUGUGUGAUGAGAAACUUAGAGUCCGGCGACUCCUCCGGCCAUUCUUCCUCCUGCAGAACUCUUCUCUGAUGAAAAAGACUCUGAAGUGCAUCAAGAGGACUCUGCCAGAGAUUGCCAGUGUCAUCCUGCUGCUGGCGCUCCACCUCUGCCUCUUCACAAUGAUCGGCAUGCUGCUGUUUGCUAAAAGUGAGGAUCCAAAGAAGAAUGGAGAGUGGCUGUUACAUUUCAGAAACCUGCCUAACUCUCUCACAUCUCUGCUGGUGCUGCUCACCACAGCCAACAACCCAGAUGUGAUGAUCCCUGCCUACUCCCUCAACAGAGGCUACUCCAUUUUCUUUGUCAUGUUCAGUGUGAUUGGAACCUACUGCCUGAUGAACUUACUGACAGCCAUCAUCUAUAACCAGUUCAGGGGAUAUUUACUGUUGUCGGUCCAAACGUCCAUCAUCAGGAGACGACUGGGGAUCCGAGCUGCUUUCCAAGUCCUCAGCUGCCAGGGAGCCCAGGAGGCUGCUGAGGAGUGUGUACGUGUUGAGUUGGUGCUGAAGGUGAUGUCCAGAGUCCAGAUGAAGAACUACUACAGAGAGGCCAUCACAACGGAGGCGCUGCAGUUUGCCGAUGCGGGCACCAUGGAUCGAGACCAGUUCAGGAAGAUAUUUGAUGAACUGGAUAAAGAUCGCAUUAAGGAGCACCCUCCCCUGCCCCAGUACAACUCUCCAGUCCUGCAGAGACUCCAGCUGGUUUUCAGUCACUACUAUCUCACUAUACUUGGCAACGUGGUGGCACUGGCCAAUGUCCUGUGCAUAUGUACUGUCCUGGUGAUAAAUUCUGAAAAGUCCACUGCAGAGAGAGACAACUACACCCUGGAGCUCAUCAACCUGUGCUUCAUCCUGUAUUACCUGUUUGAGAUGGGCGUGAAGAUCUUUGCCUUAGGCUGCAAAGGGUACUUGUCCUACAGGAACAAUGUCUUUGACGGCUUCCUCACCAUCCUGCUCUUGGUCCUACAGAUCACUAUAUACAUCACCUACAGGCUUCCUUAUUCUCAGUGGGAACCGUCCUCUCAUGGUGUCAUGUCCCUGUGGGAGAUGGUUCGUUUGAUCAACAUGCUGAUUGUUUUUCGGUUCCUGCGCAUCAUCCCAGAUAUCAAGCUCAUGGCUUUGGUUGCGAGUACACUUCUGGACCUGCUGAAGAACCUUAGAGCCUUUGCAGGGAUACUGGUGGUGGUGUACUAUGUGUUUGCUGUGUUUGGUAUCUGGCUGUUUGAGGGAGCCAUUAAACCUCCUCCAGAGAUGAGUGGGCUCUCCAACACCACCAUGGAGAACAUAACCUCCAACUACAGCAUGGAGUGCGGCAGCUAUGAGCAGCUGAACUACUGGCCAAAUAACUUUGAUGACUUUGGUGCAUCCAUCAUUUUGCUGUAUGAUGUCAUGGUAGUCAACAACUGGCAGGCCUUCAUGGAUGCAUACAGCAGACACACCACUGAGUGGUCAAAGAUUUACUUUGUGUGUUGGUGGCUCACCUCCUCUGUAAUGUGGGUCAACUUGUUCGUGGCGCUCAUUUUAGAGAACUUCAUCUACAGAUGGGACCGUAGUCACAGCUGUUCUGUUACAGAUGUGGAGAGGAUCAGAUAUCAAACCUCUGUUCAGCUCAUGUUCAGGGAACAGAUCAAGGAGCCAACUGAAGAAGAAUUACUAUGUCAACUACACCAACACCCCCACUUACACUUACACUGGUGACACACACACACACACACGUAGCACCAACCAGCACCUACAUGCAGUACCAAGUCAAGAGACUGCCAUUAAAUGAGUCUAUUGCAUGGUAGAAGCACUGAGGUCAAUAUUACAGCAUUCUACUACUAGUGUAUUUUAUUGUCAAAUUAUUGUCAUAUGUCAUUAUUACUACUGAAACAAGUAGGUAGCGCAUGUUUUAAUUAUUGUGAUGUUACUCAUGAACCACUGCGAGCAGCAGUUUAGGUUGUACUCAGAUUUGUCAUUGGCGGUGGCUCUGUGGAGGCAGACAUGUCAUUGGUUGAGUUGAACAUGACUGGUUAGAGCUGAAAAACGACGAGUGAGGUGGUAAAGUCAUAAUGAAAUAGUAUACAGUCUAUUGUUGUCUCUGGAAUAAGUGCACAGGAAAUUAUCAAACUGUGACUUCAUAAAAUGAAUUAUGGAACCAUUAGAAGCCAAUCCAAAUUUCUGAAUAUAACUACUUUAUUUUUGUUUGCCAGCAUGUGGCACAACUUUCUCUUUUCUGUGGCCUCAAGAGCAAGGUUUCUGACUUAUCGUUUUUCCCCUUAGAGGUUUUAGUUUUUGCAGUUGUCCAACCAUAAAAAAUUAAGUAUAGUGUUACAUCACAUUGUGGUAAAAUAGUUAGCAAAGAAUGUAUGUCUGUAUGUAUGUGUACUGCUGCUGUAUAAUUAGAUUAACCUUUAUGGUGUAUGUUUACAAAGAAUUUGCAGAUCUUGUCUUCCACUGGAUGCAGACCUUUUAGCACUAAAACCAUAAAAAUGAUAUUGCUCCAAGUGACAUAAGGUCCUUUCAUAAGGAACCAUCAUAAAGCCCAAUAUCACAAAUUACAAAUGUACCUCAAGGGGCUUUAAAAUCUGCAUGACACCCUUCAUCGCAGACCCUCCAUUCAGAAAAGGAAAAACUCCCCAAAAACACUCAGAAGAAACCUCAGGAAGAGCAACCGAGGAACCUACCUGCUGUUUAGUUUCAUCAGUUAGAUAUGACAUAGAAAUCUGUUUCAUAACAUUUAACAGUGGCAGACAAACAUGUCAAAGAUACAUUGGGUGUUAUGUCACCAGAUUUAGUGUAGGCUUUUGUUCCAUGUGUGUGGAAUGCAAAACUCUGAGAAAGUUUCUGGAGACGAUUUUAAUUGAACAUGUUUCCCGCACUAAAAGAAAAAAAAAACUUUCACCAGGAACCAGGAAACACGCCUUUAACUGGAAAGCAGUCAGAGUGCAUAUUUCAGCAAGGCAUUCUCACGUUACAUCACAUAACAAAAUCAUCAGAUAUGCACGUCUGAUGUUUUUCCCCUCCGUAUCAGUGCAGCACUUCAUCAUAAUGAUAAGAUUUAUUUUUGUAAUGACCAUUCACGCCCGAGACACCAGUAAGUCAAAUCUUCAGAACAUUUAGGGAGUGAUGUUCAUGUGCGACAUAUAUUUUGGUAAUAUAGCUGCAUGUUGGAUUACCAUCCAUCCACUAGAUUGAGUAUCAAAUGCUCAGUAAAUAUGAACAGAUUGAUACCUGCCAUAAGCCAGUGUCUUCAGAUCUUUUAUUUCUACAUUUAUUCAGAGAAAAGACAAAUUGUGCCUUGGUAUUUAUAUGAAUACAGUUCAAAUAUAGUUUUUAUGUCGAGAAAAAAAAGGGAAAUAUUUUUUUAUCAAGAGAGGUUUGUGAAAAAAAUCUGGUUGUAUGAGGAAGAUGCAAUGCAAUUUUCUGAUAUUUUAAUACAGCUUGUAUUUCAUUCUGCAUUUUGUGAAAUGUUAUUUUAUUACUGUGUAGAAAAAAUAUCCCCAAACUGAUUUAAAAUAAAU